AUGUUCAACGUUGAUGAUUUAGCCUACAUAAAUGCAUAUCGAAAAUCCGUGACAUCAAAUGGGACUUCGGAGACGCGUGAGCCCAUUGUAUUUGGGAAGGAUAUAAAAGAAGUUGCUCCGUUCACGUUGAUCACGUUAUCCGACGAGCAGAAAUUUGCCGUGGAGAGGGCAAAGAAGUAUGCUUUGGAGCAGAGCAUCCAAAAUGCUGUACGCAAACAGAUGUCUCAAUUGCAAUCUCAGGAUAUUAAUAAUAUAAAACAAACACAAGCUCUUGUCCUUCUUAGCCGCAUUUACGUUGGAUCUAUAAGUUUUGAAAUUGGAGAAGAAGAAAUUCGCAAGGCGUUUUCACCAUAUGGACCUAUUAAGUCUAUUUCAUUAAGUUGGGAUAGCGCCUUACAAAAGCAUAAGGGUUUUGCUUUUGUGGAAUUCGAAGUUCCUGAAGCGGCUUCACUUGUUCUCGAACAGAUGAAUGGCUUUAUGAUUGCUGGGCGAGGAAUCAAGGUUGGUCGACCCAGUAAUGCCCCUCAAACAGCUACCUUGGAGGCAGAGCUUCGUCAGGAUCCGUCAAAUAAAUGUCGAAUAUAUGUCGCUGGCGUUCAUCCGAAAUUGUCCGAAGCGGAUAUUCAGACCGUGUUUGAGGCUUUCGGCACAGUCAAAUCUUGCAUUUUGGAACCGGACGUAAAAUUUGGUCAGCCUGAAAUAAAUCAUAAGGGGUAUGGCUGGAUCGAGUUUGAAACGGAGGAGGCGGCAAUCGCUGCUGUGACUAAUAUGAAUGGGUUUGAAAUAGCGCAUACUCUACUACGCGUUGGUCGCGCUAUUACGCCAAAGAAUGUCACAUCUCCUGGAAUAGCUCCAUCCGCUGCUGUAGCGGCAGCAGCGGCUUCAAUCUCGGCACGUGUCUCAGCCCUUGAGAAUGAAAAUGCCUCUGUUUCCUCGGCUCCGGCGGUGGUGACAUCAACUGCAACGCCAGCCUCCUCUGGCUUCUCUUCGGGUUGGGGCUCCGGAGAGCAUGUACCCCCUCCAGGAGUCUUCGUGCCCUCAUUGACUCCUGCUCCCGCUCCUCUUUCAACGGCACCCCCACCACCCUCAGCUGUGCCUGUGGUGUUGCUGGAGAACAUGGUGUCAGCAGCGGAAGUGGACGCCUACCUGGAGGAGGAGGUUGCGGAGGAAUGCAGAAAUUUCGGCGAGGUUCUGCGCGUCCUUGUACACUUGAUGUCUGACAGCUCAACUGUGCGCAUCUUUGUGAACUUCGACAGCCACGGCGCUGCUGUUAAUGCCGUGCAAGCGCUUAACGGGCGCUUCUUCGAUGGCCACCAAGUCGCCGCUCGUCUUUACUCCGACGAGGAAUUUCAAAUGCGCAAACUCGAUCUUUAA